AUGAAAAGUAGCCCCACUCGUAAAUAUGAGAAUUUCUCCAACGACCAUCAAGGGAAGGACACCGACAAAUAUUCGCUAGAUAGCCAAGACACCGCUAGUUUGCAUUCGGAGGACGGGGGUGGGAGGCGCGGCGUGAUUGACGUGAGCGCCGGCGCCGGUGACAUGUGGAUCAGCGCCGUCGAGAGUUCUAUCCUCACAUGGGAGGAGGUACUUUUCUUCUUAUUUUAUGUAAUAUUGCGACGGCUACGUGGCUGA